UAGUCAAAUAUUUAAUCAUGCCCUAUUAAUAUUUCGAAAUUAACCUUAUAUGGUUUAAAUAAGUGAAAUAUGGCUGAUAAAUUAGGUUUAGGAAAUGAAGUAAGGGAACUCAAAAUAGGACAGAGCUUUACCAAUCCAAAAACGAAAGCUUUCCACACUCUUAAAUAUGAUUUCAAACCUGCCUCUGUGGAUACCAGUAAAAAAGCUAAUGUAGAAGUUCCAGGAGUGAAUCAGGUUACUGUAACAGUGCCACAUUUAGAUGGUGCUGAUAUUCCACAUACAGUGUUCAAAGGAUCCCAGAAGCCUUACACUAAGGAAUGUGUCCUUAUAAUAAAUAGGGCGACUGGUGAAAUCACUAUAGAAAAAUUGAAUUGCAAUAUUCAAGUCAAGAAAACUAGGAGUGAAUAUAGUAAACCACAAGCAUCAAAGGCUGAUAGGUUGAACCCAAACAACAGAUCUGGUAACACUUCUACAAAAGGUCUUCCGUUGAGGUCUCAAACCCCCCCUGCUAUUGUAGGACACCGUGUGUCUAACAAAACGAAGGUUACGAGUGGCAGUCGAAGAGCUGACAGACAAAUAACUCAGCUGGUGCCAAAACAUUCACCGUUACAUGCGAGUCCAAGUUACUCAUCUCCAGGUCAUCCUGUCAAGAGCCCCAAGAGGGAUCUACAUAGUAAUGUUAAUGAAUCGCAUAACCAGAGUACUCUUGCCAGCCUUCCUAUGAUUGGAGUAGAUGACUUCUCAGACCCGAGGCCUUCUUCUAGAAAUGCUCCUAUAGCAAACACCCAGAAUUCUCGACCAUCACAAUAUACAACACAACGCCCUCAAACCGAAAAAUGGCCUGUACCAGCAGCAGUUCCACUGCAAAAAGUGAAUAAUGGUGUAGGUGAAAUCACUGACUCUUCCUCAUCAAGUAGCAAUAGUGACUCAGAUUCUGAAGAAGAUACCACUAUCACUAAUAAAAAUACAAACAUGAAACCAAAUGGUUGCAGCAAUGGGAAUCCUAGCCCAAUGAAGAUAGAUACUCGGUUGCUCAAUGAUGAUUUAUGUCUGUCUGAAAGCGGUUCUGACUCAGACUGAUGUGUUUUUGAAGGAUGCUGUACAACCUCUCCUGUGUAUUUUUGUGAAUAUGACAAUGUGGCAAAGUUUAUAUGGUAUUGAUAUCUAAUGUUUAUAAGAAAACUAUAUGUAUUAUAUUUACAGUAAUAAAAUACUGCAACUUA